UGCUCCUCCCUGCAGAAGCAAGUAGCUAGAGCUAGUAACAGCAGUGCAAUAUAUGUAUAUAGAGAAGCUCUCGUCGAAGAAACAUUUUCCGUCGCCAUAGUUGCCCUAUGUGCUGACAUUCAAGAUGUAGUGCGCGAUCAUGGAGUCGACACAGUGGUGAAUAUCAUCAUUGUCGCACUUCGGGAUAUAGUCAAGAGUGAUCAUCACUUUGUUUGACGAAAGCUGGCUUGCAUUUGCCUUGCUCGCUGACACGUAUGUUCCCAAAGUACGCGAGUUUGUGCCGCGGUCGUUUAUUGAUCCUCUUAUUCUCUCUGCGUUCUAUUCGAAAGUAUUCAAUGCAGCACGCGCCGGUGAUGCAGGUUAUUGAUAAAGGAAUGACGGAGGAUUGUUGUUAUUGUUGUCAUCGAAAGUGAAAUAGCGCGAUAGUAAGAGGAAGAUAUAUAUAUAACGUGACCUGACUGUAAGCUAACAUGGAAGUCGUCGGGGAUUACGAAUACAACAGUAAGGACCUCAUUGGUCAUGGUGCCUUUGCUGUUGUCUUCAAAGGCAGACAUCGUAAGAAACUUAAUUUCGUAGUGGCUAUCAAAAGUAUAACUAAGAAAAAUUUAGCCAAGUCUCAAAAUUUACUUGGCAAGGAAAUAAAAAUUCUGAAGGAAUUAACAGAAUUACAUCAUGAAAAUGUAGUUGCCCUAUUGGAUUGUAAGGAAUCAAAUCUUAAUGUCUUCCUUGUUAUGGAAUACUGUAAUGGCGGAGAUCUUGCUGAUUAUCUAACUGUAGCAAAAGGAACACUAUCAGAAGAUACCAUAAGAGUAUUUCUAAAGCAAUUGGCUGGUGCAAUGAAAGCAUUACAUGCUAAAGGAGUAGUUCAUAGAGACCUAAAACCACAGAAUAUAUUACUUAGUCAUCAUUGCGGUAAACAAUGUCCUCAACCUCAUCAAAUUACUCUUAAAAUUGCCGACUUUGGUUUUGCACGAUUUUUACGUGAUGGUGUAAUGGCUGCUACUCUAUGUGGUUCUCCAAUGUACAUGGCUCCAGAAGUUAUCAUGUCCCUGCAGUAUGAUGCUAAGGCUGACCUUUGGUCAUUAGGAACUAUAGUUUUCCAAUGUCUCACUGGAAAAGCUCCAUUUCAGGCACACACACCUCAAGCUUUGAAACAGUUUUAUGAAAAACAUGCCAAUUUAGGACCCAAAAUUCCGUCAGGGACGUCUCCGGAAUUGUCAAAUCUUUUAAUGGGACUGCUGAGGCGCAAUGCUCGAGACAGAAUGCCGUUUGAUGAAUUUUUUAAUCACCCGUUCUUGCAAGGUCCACGUGAAAAUCCAAGCCCCGUUCAUACAGAGUUAUCCCCAUCCUCGGUGAUAAUGACUGCACCUGAAAGUACAGCCACUGAUGCUAGACCGGGACCGGAACCGGAGACCAAUAGUCCGUGCUCUAGUCCCGAGGAUGAUUUUGUACUUGUGCCUAGUGACCUUAGUAGCGAUAUGGAUAACAAUACGAAUCCAGUACAAGUCAAGCCUAUGAAGCAGCAUAGCCGCGAAGCAACCGCCUCGCCGCCGAGGCCAUGUUUCCUGCCGAUUUCCGAGCCGAUUCCCGUGCCGACGCAACGUAGCAUCGGACAAGCAGCUUUCUCGAACGGUUCGGCCAAUCGUUCGUCUACUGCUAACAGUGUGGUACCUCGUAGUCAACCUAUCAGUAUGAAACGUGGCAGUGAUCCACAUCGUAAUUAUGCUGAUAUUGGAUCGCUUAGUCCGCCAAGCGUGCAGUUUGCCAUUGGAACUCCACCGAACAGAAGGAUGAGUGAGACACCACCACCACCUAAUACUUGGCAAGUGAGUCCAGUUACAAAGCAUCCACUUUCCUCGUGUGGUACUUCACCAUUACGUCGGUCAUCUGGACAGAACAGCGCUUCAUCACCACUACUCACUGGACCUCUUGCAGUUCUUGGUUCGCCUAAUGCCAGAGGACUUCAGGACAACAAUAAUUCGUUGAGGCAAUCACCAAUUAUUCCGUUUGGCACGAGGGCUGUCACUCUGCCGGAGAUUUCAGAAGAAUUUCUGGCAAAUGCAGAGGCAGGUGGCUUCAUUAAUUUGUUCCCGCAUUUAUCGUCUACCACCGCAGAGGAGCAACGACCAUUGACUUUUGCCCCGCCAGAAUUACCCGAAGACACGAUUCUCGGGCGCGAGCACAACGAUGUCUUGGCUAAACUCAACUUUGUCAUGGCUCUUAGCCAGUGCGUUUGCGAUGUUGCAAGAACGCGUGCUGGACCUUUAGGAACUGUUCCCCUCGGUGGAAUUGAGCAACAACCUAGUAAUGCUGCUACGAGGAAGAGAGCCGAACAAGUGAUUCUGUUGGUCAGGGCACUUCAGUGGCUGAGUUCGGGAUUGAGUUUAGCUACCCAACAGUUAAAGGCGGGACGAUUGCAACCAACAUCGAGAGUCAAGCAGGUUGUGAGUGCAAUGAACGAGAAGUUUAGGUCAUGUUUGACUGAAUGCAAGCAGCUAAACAGUGCGGGAUUGCUUCGGCAGACUGGAGCUACUGCAGAUAAAAUACUAUAUAAUCAUGCUAUACAAAUGUGCCAGUCAGCAGCGCUUGACGAAUUAUUCGGCAAUCCUGCUGAAUGUUUUCAAAGGUACCACACAGCGCAGAUUUUGUUGCACUCAUUGUCGCAACAUGUUAGUCACAGCGAAGACAGAGCUCUUCUUACCAAAUAUAAAGCCGCAGUUGAAAAACGCUUGUUUGUCCUGCAUCAGCAGGGCUACAUCUACGCGACAGAUCCGACGUAGCGCUUGGGAUAUAUAUCAACAACAGGGUGCAAUUUCAUACCCGAUCCCAUCUCGCAUUCGACUUACGCUAUCUUUUUAAAUGCAAAUACGACGACGGAGGACCGGAAUUAUAGCGAAAAUAGUGUGAAGAAUUAUGAAUUACGAAACAGGCGGAAUAUAACGUGAAUUUUUUUAGUUGAUUUAUAUAAUGAUUUAUUUACCCAAGAUACGAAUAGUGACUUUUUAAAUUACAUACACGCGCGUGCACACACACACACACACGCACACACACAUACACGCGCGUACACACACACAUACGAUAAAUAAUAUGUUGUAAUGUAUCGCAGAUGUUUUAUUUGAUCUUUAUUUCUUAUUGAUGAAUAAAUA